AUGCACGACUGCUACGAGGACUGUCCGUUUUACGAGCAACUACAGUACGCCAUGGAUACAAGAAGCUCAGCACUCUUUACCUACGCCAUCUCCCGGGAUGAUCGACUUGCACGCCAAGCAAUUUUACAAUUUUAUAACUCUUUUCAGCCAAAGAUUGGGUUGACAGCAAGCCGUGCUCCCUGCCACUAUCUGCAGACCAUUUCCCAUUUCUCUCUUUUCUGGGUAUGCAUGCUAACAGACCAUUACGAGCAGUUUGGAGAUAAAGAAUUUGUCUCUGACUUCCUACCCAUCGUUGAUGCCAUUCUAUACACCUUUGGUAGUCGUCUCGACGAAAUAACUGGCCUGCAGCGCAUUUCUCAAUUAGCUGGCGACUGGGAAUUUGUUGACUGGAGUAGUUCAUAUAAGCCAUUCGUAGUUCCGCCCGCUGCAAAGGAUACUGGUUACCUGACUCAUACAAAUCAGUUGUUCGCAUACACUCUACAGAGGCUCAGUUCGCUCGAAUUGUGCCUGGGCAAGCCGUCACGCACAGAUGAACAUAAACAUCAAGCCGAGCUGAUCGUGCAAGCUGUUAGAAGCCACUGCUUCGACGGUACCUGUUUCACGAAUAGACUCACUACGUUUGCAAACCAUACCCACUAUAGUGAACAUUGUCAAAUUUGGGCAGUCCUCUGUGGCGCGGUAACUGGCAAAGACGCCUCUGACCUCUUAAAUCGCUCUCUGGGAUUGCAAACCAAAGUGGAAGAUGAGCGUGCGCACAAGUUCACACAGGUAUCUAUAGCAAUGGCGUUCUAUAGCUUGAGGGCUUUAUCCAUCGUCGGCGAUAGGGCAUACGAAGCCCAAUUCCUCAGUUUCUGGGCACCCUGGCGAAAGCAACUUGGACUCCACUUGACAAUUUGGGUGGAAGACCAUAUCACGCAAAGAUCGGAUUGUCACGCAUGGGGCAGCCUUCUUCUAUAUGAGUAUACCGUCGAGGUUGCGGGGUUCAAACUCGCCAUGAUCAACGGCGAGAGGGUGCUCGUCUUUAAGCCGCGGGUAGGCCUCUUCAAGGCUUUCGAGGCCAGAGUUCCAGUCAGUGGUACUUGGCAACAGCCGAUACUGGCUCGGGUCUCGUGGCAGAAGGACCAGAAUAAUGAAGUGGUCCUGAAUUUGUCAUGGGAGAAUGAGGGCAGAGAGAUGGAGGAGGGCAGGAAGAAGUUUUGGGAGCAUUGA